CGUUCGCUCAAUAGGAUACGGGGAUUCCUGUAGUGAGGUCAAAUCUUGAUAGAAUUUUAGAGUUUAGUCCCGCUGCGUGCGUCGUAUUGUAAACACCAUACUGCUGUGGCUCUCACAGCGCGCUUCGGCAUUAAGACAAGCCAUCGAGCCCAGUACCGACGAGCCCCGGGUCGUUUUGAGGAGUGAGUGUCAAUGUGCAAUUGCAACAGCGAGAUAUCACAAGGUGAGAUCGCACAGCGUGAAGAAAAAAAACGGAAAAAAGAAGAAGAACCGAAAGGUUUCGUGCGUUCGUGAACUGAAACGUUUGUGUCGCGUGGUGAAAAUUACUAAUAAAUCGCUUGGUUUGGAGAUUUUAUGGUGAAAGUGAAAAGCAGUGACAGAUCACAGUUUCUAAAGAAGACAAAUGAUUUGAAUACGAUUUGAUAGUGACUACCGCAAGUGAAUUAGUUUAGUGAAGAACGGUGAUUGGUUGUUUUUUUGUGAGAGCACAGUUUCAGCUAUCCUUCCGUUCCAAGAUGAUGAUGAAUGCUUUCAUGGACACGGGUUCGACGGCACAUCACUCUCACUUGGCUACGUUCGGGAUUAAGAUGUCUCCGGAUCAUCUGGAGCAGAGUGACGUGGACACGGCCAGCACCGGUAGCAUGUUGCCCCCAUCGGUGGGAAGUUCCAACACGCCAAGUGACAUGCUGUCAUCGCAAUCCUUCUAUCAAUCAUCGGCGAACGCAAGCAGUACUUACAACGCUCAUCAUUUAUCACCGCCUUCGCACAUGAGCCACAUGGCACCGUAUCACUCGAGGGACUUCCUCGCGUUGAAGCGUGACAAUGACUACUUUAGUUCCUCCGCUGCCAGUGCUAGUGGCGAUCCUACUUCGUUGUUCCAUCAUGCCCAUCCCGCCGUUCACGACAACCUCAAUCAUCAUUCGGCUUCGUCGCUGAGUAAUCACCACUUCCAUCCGCAUCAGAUGCGAAUGGGUCUGUCAGCGGAAUACGCACAUCCCUAUCAUCAGAGCAACUAUCCCUCGGUACAUCAUCAGCACCUAGCGAACCUCCCGGUGAACCCGGGAACCUCGGGGGCAUUCUUCCGCUACAUGCGUCAUCCCCCGUCGAUCAAGCAGGAAAUGCAAUGCCUCUGGGUUGAACCGGAACUUCCCCCGCAUCAUCUGGGGUUGGGCCUUACCGCACUGAGUGCGGUGGCCGCCGCUGCCGUCGCAGACGGUAGCCGCAAAACGUGCAACAAGAUUUUCCACUCGAUGCAGGAAAUCGUAACCCAUCUGACGGUGGACCACGUGGGCGGUCCCGAGUGUACCACCCAUGCCUGCUUCUGGCUCGGUUGUACCCGCAACGGGCGCCCCUUCAAGGCCAAGUACAAACUGGUCAACCACAUCCGGGUGCACACCGGGGAGAAACCGUUCCCGUGUCCGUUCCCGGCCUGCGGGAAGGUGUUUGCCCGAUCGGAAAACCUGAAGAUCCACAAGCGGACGCAUACCGGUGAAAAGCCUUUCAAGUGUGAGCAUGAAGGAUGUGAUAGACGAUUUGCUAAUUCAUCAGAUCGAAAGAAACAUUCACACGUCCAUACAUCGGAUAAGCCGUAUAACUGUCGUGUUAAUGGUUGUGAUAAAUCUUACACUCAUCCAUCAUCGCUGAGGAAACACAUGAAGGUCCACGGAAGUUUAGGAGAGAAAUCCCCAUCGCACAACUACGACAGCGACGGCGAAGAGUCCAGCUCGGAUAGCAUCAUAACGGGUGGAACGCAGACCCCGCCGUCGAUCAGUCGGCUGCAUGACAGUCACAACUCGAGCAAACUGAGCAGCGAAUCGAUCAAUAACAACAACAACAACAAUAGCAACAAUAACAAUAACACAAAAUCUCCAUCCACCAAUCACCUGCUGUCACCGGUUGGCGCCUCCACGACAUCUUCAUCGACGAACAGCGCCCUCUCGCACCUGAGUCAAAACCAGCACCACCAGCUGCACCACUCGCACCAUCAGCACUCACACCACCAUCACCUGCAGAAUCAUCCGAGCAGUUUGGCGCCCCCACAGCUGCAGCUGACUCCGGCAUCGUCGGUGUCCCCGCAGGCAACGGCAACCGCUUCGUCCAUGCUGGUUGGCCACCACAACCAUCCCCUGCUUUAUCACCACCCGCAGCACCAUCCGAACGAUUGGUACUCGGCCACACCACCCACGGGACCGGACACGAUGAACCAUCUGAACCACUUUAGCCACCAUCAUCACCAUCUGGUGCAUCACGGGCCCACGACGGCCUAUUGAGAGCAACUGUUGCUCGAUGAGCUCUGUUUCAACUACUGAAACAGUGGCGGCGCUACCGUCGGCGCCCCCCAUGCUGCUUUAAUCACGCCCCGCUUAGGUAUCUGUUUCAUCUAGCACAUCACGAUCACAAGCUCAUCAUCUCGAAACUUCCUACUAACUAAUGGAAAAAAAUAUACGUAACUCUAAAGCAAGCCAAAAAAACCAAACUAUAAAUAUAUAGCUUUUAAAAAUACAAAACCAAUUCAAGAAAAUAGUAGGAGAUUUGUUGAAAAUAGAGAGAGAUCGAAAUAUGUACCAUUUUGUGCCUGCUUGAGCUCACGUCACCUAAAAAAUAAACACUCGAAAGAAGAAGAAAAAAACCGCGAUUGUAAACAAUGAAGGGCACCACCGCAAAACUGUUCUGCGCCGAUCUGUCAAAUACUGGCGUCAGCCGGCAGCGAUUGCUGCGAUGCGGGAUAGCAGCAGUGCUUCGAUUCUAGUCGAACAUGUCAAACGGUCCUAAGUGCAAAUGGGAGCUUCUCUUUGUUUAUUUUCUAUUUCGAUUAUCACGGCGUCAUCAAAAAACUUUUUAACAUUGUUUUAGUAUACGGCGAAAGACUUUGCUUUCGACUAGCAUGUUAGGCAAUCCACGAAGACAUUUGUUUGACAAUUCAGCCGAACAUCUUUCGUUGAUUCGAUUUUUUUUUGAUUGUGUGAACAGACAAGGAGCAAACGUAAAAGCGACUGAGUUAUCAACGGAUGAGAGAGUAAACAGGGAGGUUUUCCUUUCUCGGCAUACAUAUGAUUAGGGCUUAUAAGCCAACUGUCAAAAUUCACUUUGAGUGGAUUUUCCGGACAAACCGUUACACCCCAAUCAAGGAUGUUGGUAGUAAACAGAAGAGAACAUUUUUCUCUUUUUUAAGCUGCUGUGAACAGUUGGCCUUAUUCUGCGCCGCUAAACUCACCUCACUUUACGUGACUUUUUUCUCCCGAUUCUGAGAGUCGUCCCGAGUGAGGUGAGAUUUACCAUUGCGGUUAAAUGGGUGUCUCACGUCACCCGAAGUGACUCUUCAGAAUGGGGUGAGAAAAGUCACGUAGUGUGAGGUGAGAUUAGUCAUCUCACGUCACACGCCGCGCAGAAUAGGGCCAAGUGUUCUGUCAGUAACGGUUUGUCCGGAAUUCCCCAUUCAAAUGGAAUUUUGACAGUUGGCUUUUAUACCGUAAUCAUAUAUUUGUCGAGAAUUGCAAUUUGGACUUUUGGACAUGUUUGGCUAGAAAUAACUAAAGGCUUUCACGAAUUUGACAAAUGGCGAAGCACAAAACCGAUACAAAUAUUCGGAAAGCGGCUCAGAAUUAUUCGGAAUGGUUUCCAUUACAAAUGCAACCGGCCUUAUUCUGCGCGGCGUAUGACGUGAGGUGACAAAACUACCUUAAUUUACGCGACUUUUUUCACUCGAUUCUGGGAGUCGACUCGGGCGAAGUGAGAUUCUCCAUUGCGGUUAAAUGUGCGUCUCACGUCACCCGAAGUGACUCUUCAGAAUUGGGUGAGAAAAGUCACGUAGAGUGAGGUGAGAUUAGUCGUCUCACGUCACAGGCCGCGCAGAAUAGGGCCGAACAACUAAAGACGCUGAAUCCCUUUGGAUAAAGGCUCGCUAUCUCUAUCGUUUGUUUAUCAUCUCUCUCGGCCCUAUUCUGCGCGGCGUGUGACGACCAAUCUCACCUCACUCUAAGUGACUUUUCUCACCCAAUCCUGAAGAGUUAUUUCGGGUGACGUGAGACGCCCAUUUAACCGUAAUGGUGAAUCUCACCUCACUCGAGUCGAUUCUCAGAAUCGGGUGAAAAAAGUCACGUAAGGUGAGGUGAGUUUAGUCACCUCACGUCACACGCCGCGCAGAAUAAGGUUGUCUGUCAGUUGAGCACGAGACCUGUCACAAGCUCUCUAUCCCAAGAAAAGCGCUUCGAAUUCUUCUCGACAGGUUUCGUGUAGAAAAACUCUAGAAAGAGAACUGCGGAGAGAAAAACAGCGUUUUUGGCAACGUACGUACCGACAUUGUAUGGCAACACGUCCAAUGUUACAAGGAUAGGAAAUGUUGGAUUCGAUUCGUUUUUUGACAGCUAAACCCAAAUUCAAUCGAUCCAAAAUGGAGUCUCCGCUGUUCUCUUUCAAGAGUUUUUUUUUCUAGUUUCGUGCUCGAUUGGAAUGACGCUGACAGAUAAAUGGUAAACAAACGAUAGAGAUGGCGAGUCUUUACCCAGAGGAACUCAGCGUCGUUGAUUCCGAAAAUGAUUGAUUGGGAAUCGGUUCUUGAAUUUGAACCGGAACCGAUUCAGAGUUCGGAAACGAUUUCCCGAAUAGUUUAACCGGGAGCAAACCCCUUCCACCGCCAACUAGAUUUGUUUUGUAAACAAUGCAGCGAUCAAACGACCGUGUAAAUAGUUAUUCUCAGAAAAAAAAAUCUGUGUGAUAUGGACUUUCCAGCUAAGAGUAGAAAGUAGCUUUUCUUUUGUAAAUAGCCAAUUAGCAAAUCAAAGAUUGACUUUUUAAACUAUUUGUUUCCUAUAUAAACUGUAAAAAAAUAAUGCUAAACGAUUGCUAACGUAGCGAGACAAGUUGACAGGUUUCCAAAUCGCUGCUCUUCCCUCCCUCCCCACUCCGACAGAGAAGAAGACGCGCAGAGGCAGGCGUCACACCGUCACCUACUACGAUCUAUAUAGUUUAUAAGAGAACCUUAAGCGAAGGGUGUAACGAAAAAGAAAUGUAUUUAUUUUUGUUCGGUUUAAAAAUACUUAAAGCUGCCUUCCUGACGAGGGUACCUCUUUCAGAGAAAGUAGGCGACUUGUAAUAUGUAAAAAAAAGCAAAAAAAACUUUUGUUUCGGUCACCUCUUGACACUUUUGCCACGUCACAAUUUGCAAACGCCGAUUCGUAGUUUAAGGGCAAAAAUUUAAUAUAUUUGAAAAGUUUAGUAAAUAACUAGCCUAAAGCGAAAAAACCCUCCCUAUUUCGAGUAAAAAAAACACAAGAAAAGGUAAAUUAUAUACUUAAAAUUUUAAAAAAGGUAGCUAUUAUAUAUUUAAAGGUAUAUUCAAUAUAUGCAAAACAAACAGCAGAAGAAAAGGCCCAAUCGGAGGAGAAGGAUUCCCAUCUCGAGAGUUGUUUAGAGCUGAUAAACAAUAAAAAUAAAAAAAAUGUGUAAAUGA